AUGGCAACAAUCGACUCAGCACAAGCGCCUGAGGCUGCAAAUAGCUCGGCGGCAGCGAUCGCCGACAUGCCCCAAGAAAGCACGUUAGAUAGCAAUACCAACCCCGAACCAGCCCCUGAAAAUCACGCCACCACCUCGACUACAGAAGACGCCGCGAUAGACGCAUCAGCAAACAAUGCCGAGAACGCCGCUGCCCCAGCAGCCGACGGCACGGCCGCUCAGCCUCCCAUCACCAAAAGCCAGAUGAAGAAGCUGAAGCGACAAGCGAUGUGGGCGGAGCGUAAGGAAGACCGCAAGCGCCAGCGCAAGGACAAGCGCCACGAGAAGCAGGCCCACAAGCGAGCUGAGCUGGCUACUAAGAUUGCCGAGGCCGAGGCGGCGGGGUUAGACCCCAAGGAGGUGCUCGCCGCCGAGCGCAAGGGCAUUGAGAAAGCCCGGCCGCAGACGGUGCCCGUCACCUUCAUCAUGGACUGCGACUUUGAGCAGUAUAUGAACGACAAGGAGCUGGUGUCGCUCUCGAGUCAGGUCGUGCGCUCGUACUCUGAGAACAGGAAGAGCAGGAUCCAGGCCCACCUCGUGGUCUGUCCCUGGGGAGGCAAGCUGAAGGAGCGGUUCGAGACGACGCUCGCUAAUCACCACAAGGGCUGGAAGAAUAUCCAAUUCUUGGACCAGGACUUUGUCCAGGCGGGCAAGGCUGCCCUGGAACACAUGAAGGGCCCGAAUGGCGGAAAACUGAUUGGCGCACUUGCGCCAAAGGAGGACACUGUGAUGGAAGAGGCGGAUGCGGCCGGUACAGAAAAGACGCUGGAAGAUCCAACCCCCGUCCCGGAACCCGAAAAGGAAUCGGCAGAGUCCUCCAUAGUAUACCUCACUUCAGACUCGCCCUACACGCUCGAAAGGUUAGAACCCAACACGAGCUAUGUAAUCGGCGGCAUCGUGGACCGCAACAGACAAAAAGGACUUUGCUACAAACGGGCUUGCGAAAAUGGGGUGCGAACUGCCAAACUUCCGAUCAGUGAUUACUUGAUCAUGGCAAGCCGCCAGGUCUUGACGACCAACCAAGUGCUUGAGAUCAUGUUAAAGUGGCUUGAGUGUGGCGACUGGAAGGUGGCUUUCCAGUAUGUCAUCCCCAAGCGUAAGGGGGCUGUCGUCAAAGAGGAGAGCACAGAGGCGGGUCCUGCUGAAGAAAAUGAUCAGGAUGGUGAUAAUUACGAUGAAAAUAACGAGAAUGGCAACGAGGAUGAUAAUAAAGCUGGUGAUGAGAGUGGUGAUGACAAGGAGGAGGCAAAUGGCGAGGCCGAAGCAGUCUCGAAUACCCCCGAUCCAGCACAAGACAAAUCAAGUUAG